AUGCCUAAUAAACAAGAUUCGAACCUUUCCACCAUCUCACUGGGCCAAACAGGGAGUGCCAAGAUGCAACGCACACCAUCGCAUGAGAGCCUUACCGCCCAUCCGCUGUUGUCGCCUCCUCCUAGUCAAUUGGAACAAGACACCCAACCUACCCCUCGAUAUGUCCCUUAUACGCCACGUCAUCGCACUCAACAUAGUUCAUCUGUUCCCGCCACCAGCACCUCCCCUCAGCCGACCAUAUCAAUUUCCAACUCCACAUCGAAUCCGUCGUUCCAGGCUUCAGCUGGCUCCUUUGGCGUAACUGGCAGAUUGCAACUACAGAAUCUCAAGGCGGAAGCUCAAGCUAUCGGGUUGGGAAAUGAAUCUGUUGGUUGGGCUAUCCUUGAGAGGCUAUGCUCCAGCGUCCCUUAUCCUGAAAGCGAGCGGCCUGAAUGGGAUGAGAUUUGGGACCUACUGACCAAAGGCCAAGCAACUAUGCUGUUGCCCAGCGAGCCUCUGCCUGGAAAUGUUGCUAUCACCCCCGAUUUACUACGUGAUCAUCUCGCCCUCUGCGGCCCCCCCAACCAAACCUCAUCACCCAUCGUUACCGUUUCUGGGGUACGAGGUACUUUACAAGGCCACAACUCGGACAACUGCCUUUGCGUCUUUGCCUCCCCUUCCUGUUCCUUUGACCACCUCACCAACCCACCUUAUCCUUCAGCACAAGUACAAGGCCAAACACCCUCUCUUCCUCUGCUUCCCCGACCAGUCCAGCCACCACCCUUGCCGGCUCGCCCUGGUACGACGGCUUCACAACAGACUCGCCCCUCCAACCCCCCACCUCAGUCCGCCACUAGCCGCCUAAAUCCUUUCGCAUCACUCUUUGGGUCAGCACGUAACACUCCUACACCUACGCCACCUCCAAUUGCGAAUGUAACACCUACACCACUUGCACCUCCUCCACCUAGUGACACAGGCUCAGCGCGGUCUUCAGUUGAUCUGACCUCGUCCGAGGGGCCCGUAGUGGCAGCAUAUACAAUUGAUCGACGGAUCUCGAGAGCUGCAAUUGCCAAGGAGGCAACGCGCGCAAUUAAAGGAGAGAUCAAGUCUGUCCUUGCUGUUCAAGGCGUUCCUAGUUGGGUAAAGGAUCGAGUGGUCGCCUUUGUGAAUCCAUUGCUGCCUAUACCAAAAGCUAGCCGUCACGCGUCGAGCAGUGGAUCAAAGAUCCCCACCCCAGAUAUGAGUUCUCCACAAGCUUGCUCUGAUUCGAUACAAUACUUUUUAAGCAGCAUGGAGGACGAGUUGUUUGCUUAUUUUGGGAGCAAGAAGAAAGAGGAUCCAAAUGCAGACGAAAAAGCGGCCACAGAUCGGGCCAACAACGAAGAAAAAGAGAGAAAGAUGAGGGAAGUCAUGGAGAAGGUCGAAAGGGCUAUAUGUGCCUUGUUCUACGAUAGGCUAUUCCGCCCCUCGACCUCUGACGAUGCAUCACACGAUGACGCGCUUUCGAGCCAGAUUGCAUCGCUCAACAUGCUUGACUUGGGUUUGAAUCACCUUGGAGUUGAAGUCCCAAGUGGUGCUGAGAAAGGGAAAGGGACGCCUAUUGAUUCUGGUGCAGAACUCCAACGGCUCAGCCAUCCAGAUUGUCGGUCCCCUGCGGAAAAAGCCGCUGUAUUUGUAGCCGCCAACCAAGCUAUCGCAGGGCCUAUCACGGCUUCCCCCAUUAAGGUUAAAAUCAGAAAACGAAAUGGCGGAAGAAAAGACACCAACAGCAUCAACAUUCAAGGAACCCAGCGCAAGCCCAUCCCAACCAACGCCCGAAAUAGUUAUGUCUCCCGACUCCGACCCCAAGCUACUCCCUCCGGAUUUGAAUGUGUCCCCACAACCGAUUUCCGAUCCUCUGAGUACACCCGCUUCCCCAACCAUACCCUCUCACCAGUUUCCGACCAAGUCUCUAAGGGAGCGUCUCCUUCGAUGGGUCCUGGGCUCGUAUCCCAAGUAGCAGACAGCACCGCAUCCCCAUCGCCAGCGCCCUCGAUUAAUAUUCAGCCAACGCCUGUGUCUUCUGAUGUGCUCUUGCCGGUCAUGAUAUACGCAGUGGUAAAGACGAACCCAAAUCAAUUGGUCUCACAUUUGCUCUACGUGCAACGAUUCCGCUCACGCUCGGUUGGGGGUGAAGAGAGUUUCUGUCUGAUCAACUUGAUGGCCGUCGUUGAAUUUUUGGAGAAUGUCGAUUUGGCGGUUUUAGGUCUCGCGUCUUCAGAAAAGGUUAUGAGCGUCGCGGAUCUCACACCAAUUCCUCUGGCUGAAACUGUUGAGUCAGCCGCCUCGGCAUCUCACCAUCCUCUCGAUAUUAUUGCGGCUUCUAUACGACUACGAGGCAAAGUCAACCAAGUAGGCGAAAUGGCUGGUUCGGCAGCCGGAAAGGUCAUCCUCGGCGUGAUGGAUACAUCUAUGCUAGCUAUUAAGGGGCUACUGGGUACUGACAGUAACCCCGACUCAGGUCAUCGCCCUGGCUUCGGCCUACUUCGCAGAGGAUCUGGGUUUUCGAUUGCCAGCGUAAAAGCGAGUCUCCCCGCAGUUGGCCGGGGGACACCUCGCGCUGAUCCAGACACUAUACCCCAAGAGGGUCAGCAACUUAUUGAGGUUUCGAGUCGACCGGGGUCUCUUAGGAGCGUGCAGAUGGGCGACAGCGACGAAAGUAGUGGCACUUCAUCUUCAAGCGGAAGUGAGGAUGAUUCGAGCGGCGAAGAAGCGUCUGACGAUGAAGGAACGCGUGGAGCCGAUGCACGAAGCGUACGCAGCUUUAGCUCUAUGCUCAGCAGAGCCUCCAAGGAUGAGAGAAGGGAUAGGCCGAGUUUACAAGAUCGCCUCGCGAAUAUGUCAAACCUCAGCAAAUUCUCAAAAAGUCCCCCAGGCACUGGCCUACGGAAACCUUCUCCCCGCCUAGACGCCGGACCAGCCUGCUUGUCCCCGGUGCUCCCUCCACAGCCGAUGCACAGGUACCCUCUCCUGCUAGUAGUAUUGCCCGCGCUUUCAGAUUCCGCCCCCAAAUACUCGCUUCCUAGAGUGCUCGGUCGACGAUCUGAAACUAUCUGA